CGCCAUGGCCGCCGGUGCGGGGCUGGCGCUGCUGGCGGCGCUGCUGGCGGCGGCCGGGGCCGAGCGGAGCCGGAACGUGUCCAUGCAGUACAACCCGGGCUGGAACGGCUCCUCCGUGAACCUGCUGCACGUGCGGGCGGCGGGGCCCGGGGACUGCCUGCACUACGUGUGGAGCAGCAUCGGGGCCCCCGCCGUGCUCCUGGUGGCCACCCAGAGCCCCAGCAGUGCCCUGAGGGUCAACUGGACACGGCUGCUGUCAGCCAACCCCGCUGGAGCCAUCUGGAUCGACCCUCCCCACAGCGUUGUCUAUUCCACGGCCGUGGUCUUCACCAAGCUGUUCGAGUUCAGCGAGGCCAAGCCUUUGGGAGAGCUCUUCUACCCCACCUAUGACCUGUCCGAGUUCUCCUGGGACAGCCUCAACCACACCCUGAACCGCACGGCGCUGACGGCCGAGCUCCGCGGCGCCCCGGCCUCCGACCCCGGCGGCGGCUUCUCCAACGGCAGCCUGGCAUUCCGGGUGACCGCCUACGAGGCCGCCGGGCGCGCCGGGCGCCUGCCCAGCCUCCUGCACACGGCCGACAGCUCGCAGCUGGAGUUCGUGCUGGCUGGCGUGGCCCCGCGGGGGAACAGCUCCCGCUUCGCGCUGGAGGUGGCCACGGUGGAGGAGGCCGGGGCGGCGCGGAGGCUGCGGAGCCAGAGGUCCAUCGACGACGAGUACACUCCCACCAUCUUCGAGGUGCUGUCCCUGGUAGCAGAGCCCCAGAACGGCAGCUCCACGCUGGGAUUCCUGCAGUGGAAAGCGACGGCCUACGGCUCCCGCAGCCCCCGGCGCGAGGACGGCAUCCAGUGCCGGGCUCAGGGGCUGCAGGCGGCCAACUGGAGCCUGCCCGUGUCCAGCAUCGUCCAGGCCUACUUUGGGGACAGUCUGGGCAGCAGCUGCACCGUCAGCGCCCUCAAUGUGUCCUUUGGCGGAGAGGAGGGAGAGGUGUACCGGGAGAAGCGAUACCUCAGCUGGUCGGUGCUGCUGGGUUUCGGGGAUCCCCCCAGGGACAGCUUCUCCCCGCUGGUGAUCUCCAUCGCGGCCGUGGCGCUGGGCACGCCGCUGGCCAUGCUGCUGCUGGGCAGCUGCCUGGUGCUGCUGGCGCAGAGGAGACGCUACUCGGAGUACGAGCCCAUCAACUGAGGGGCCCGGGCCCCACGGAGACCCCCGGGAGCCUUCCCCGUUCCCGGGAUUGCCGCGGCCGCUGCCGCCCGCUCCUCCUCCCCUGCGAGCCCCGAGGGGAGCGCGGCGGCGCUUGGGCUGCCCACGGCUCGUCUCCCUGCUCCUUCCCACCGCCACGGCCUGGGUUGCGCUUCCUCCCCGGAUUUUUCCUGAUCCGUGCAGCUAAGGGAAGAGGUGGGGGGGGGAGUUUGGUCAGGAAAAUCCUCCCGCUCUUCCUCCCGAGGGAUACAACCACUGCUGUCCUGGCUGCAGGCCAGGGCCCGGCUGCGGUGCCACUUCCAGGGGUGCUUGGGUGGCUCCAGCCCGGGCUGGGGAGCAGCACCGCUCCUGCUCCCCAGCAAAUCCCAGCUCCUGCAGCCCCUGGGGCUCACGGGCUCCUCCCUGCUCCACGUUCCUGCUGUGCCGGCCUGGGACAUGAGGGACGCCCAGUGCUCCGUCACAGCAGCUGCUCAAGCUCAGGUGUGUCCUGCCGGGCCGUGGAGAGCUGCUCCAGCCCGGGAUGCUGCUCCUGGAUGGAUCCCAGGUGCUGCCCAGGUGUCAGGAGCCCUGGGAUGAGCGUGGCCUGAGGCUGCUCGGGGUUCUCAGAGGGAUCUGGGGCCGUGCUGGGCUCCGAGUUCUCCAUCACCGACUUGUCUUCAACCAAAUAAAGUGGAUUUCUAAA